AUGUCUUUCAACAAAAUAUUUGAAAAACCAAAUGUUUUCCCUCCACCACCAACAACCUCCACCGCACUGCCCGCCGGUGAUGGAGUUUACAAAACAAACCGGUUGAGAAGGACUGAUUGAUUAACUGCUUCUGGUUCCUGAAUAAUGGUUCUGAUUUUUCGUUUGUGCAUUGUGAUAGAGUUUGCAGAAGUUAUCUUUGUAAUGAUUUCGGGUUUUUGGGCGGCCUGAUUCAUGUAUGGUGCCAAAGGUGUCGUCCACAGCAAACACGUACAGACCUUGCCAGGUUCACAUUUUCGCCAGACCUGAGGCAUUUGAUGCCGUGAAGUCGGCCAUUUCACAUGGUGGGUACCAACUGUUUUCAGAGACUAGCUCUGCAUUUGCUUCGUCACAAGCUGCUGUCACGAAUCGAAAGAUAGAUGGCCAAGAUGAAAAGAGUGUCGACGAGAUCUUCAAGUUGUUGGAUGAGCAGAUUGGUCAAUCGGGUGCACUGGGUGAAUUAGAGCCGCCUCGAUAUGUCAUCAAGUCUGAGCUCCUUUCGCACCAAAAGGAAGGGUUGGCAUGGCUGGUUCACAGGGAAAACUCCUGUGAGUUACCGCCGUUUUGGGAACUAAAAGACGGGGCUUACUAUAAUGUGUUGACAGGCCAGCUCAUUAGUGAGAGACCAGAGCCCCAACAAGGUGGAAUCUUUGCUGAUGACAUGGGAUUGGGUAAAACUCUUACUCUUCUCUCAUUGAUUGCUUUCGACAAGUUCUGCAGUGAUUCUUCUUUAUCAGUUGAUACUAUAAAUGCUGCGAAUGGAUCCUCUAUGACUGAAGAAGAAACAAUUACAAUUCACCAUGGAAUAACAAAAUGGGAAAGAACUAGAAGUAGGAGUAUCAAUCCAGACAAGAGGCAAAGAAGAAGGGAUAAAGAGGUGCCCGAGAGCAGGGGAAAGUCAUCAAGAGACUCAGAUAUAUCAACCGAUGUAUGUUCGAGAACAACAUUGGUAGUUUGUCCACCCUCUGUAUUUUCGUCUUGGGUUAGCCAGCUAAAGGAGCACACUGUACCUGGAAAGCUGAAAGUGUACAUGUACUAUGGUAAGCGAACGGAAGAUGUUGAUGAACUUUGUGCUUAUGACAUUGUCUUGACUACAUAUAAUACGCUUGCUGCUGAAGAUGCAUGGGAAGAGUCCCCAGUGAAAAAGAUAGAGUGGAGGCGAGUUAUCUUGGAUGAGGGACAUCUGAUUAAAAAUGUCAAAGCUCGGCAGACUAAAGCUGUUACCAAGUUAAAAUCAAAGAGAAGGUGGGUUGUCACUGGAACACCAAUUCAGAAUAGCUCUGAUGAUUUGUUCUCCUUAUUAUCGUUUUUGAAGUUUGAACCACUAUCCAUAAGGAGCUGCUGGAUUAGUUUGAUAACAGGGCCUCUUGCUUCAGGAGAUAAGAAGGGUAUCUCCUGGCUUCAGGUUCUUCUGGCAACAAUAGCUUUGAGAAGGACAAAAGAUAAAACUUUGAUUGGUUUGCCCUCAAAAUCUGUUGAGACCCUUCUCAUUGAUCUCUCUCGUGAAGAGCGAGAUGUUUACGACAAAAUGGAAUCUGAGGCACGGAAUAUUAUAAAGGAAUAUGUAUCAGGCCUAAAUUUAGAUACAAACUAUUCAACAGUUAUGAGCAUCAUUGUACGACUUCGACAACUCUGCGAUUCUUUGGCUCUGUGCCCGCCAGAUUUCAGAGAGUUGCUCCCUUCCUUGGAAGAUGUGCGGAACAAUCCAAAACUGCUGGAGAAGAUGCUUUCUGUGUUGCAAGAGGGUGUUGACUUGGAUUGUUCGAUCUGUAUGUCCGAAUUAACUAGUCCAGUUAUUACAUGCUGUGCACAUAUCUUCUGCCGAGCCUGCAUCCUUAAGGCAAUAAGGAGGUUGGCAGCUUCCUGUCCCUUGUGCCGUCAUCCUCUCUCAGAUUCUGACCUUUUUUCUGCUCCAAAGAUUUUUGAGGCCGAAGAUGCUCUCGGCUCCUCCUUUUCAUCCAAAAUUGCUGUUCUUUUAAAACAGCUUUGUGAAACAAGGGAGCGGAGCGCAAUGACAAAAUCAGUAGUAUUUUCACAGUUUCAGAAAAUGUUACUUCUUGUCGAGGAGCCUCUAAAAUCAGCUGGGUUCAAGAUAUUGCGGUUAGACGGCUCAAUGAGUGCCAAUAAGAGGGCAAAGAUAAUAAAGGAAUUUCAAAUUCCAGCACCAGAUGGAGCUACUAUUUUGCUCGCCACUCUUAAAGCAUGUGGUUCUGGAAUAAAUCUGACUGCUGCUUCUAGGUUGUAUUUGCUGGAGCCAUGGUGGAAUCCAGCUAUAGAGGAACAAGCAAUGGACAGGGUCCACCGAAUCGGACAAAAGGAAGACGUGCAGAUAACAAGGCUUAUUGCUCGGAAUACUAUCGAGGAAAGGAUCCUUAGGCUGCAAGAGGAGAAGAAGCUGCUAGCAAGAAAAGCCUUCGGGAAGAGGGAGGGUCAAAAUGAAAUAAGCAGAGAAGAUGUUGCUGCCUUAAUGCUCAUGUAAGUUCAUCUUACUCAACAUAAGUUCCAUUAAUAUGGUCCCUCUGUCUCAAAAUCAUUGUUCCGUUUGGAUUUUCAUUUUGAUUAAAAGUGAAGUCUCAAACUGGACAAUCAUUUCUGGACAGAGGGAGUAUUACUUUUGCUUAUAUGUGUACAACCAAUCUGUAAAUCCUCAACUUGCAAAGGUUUUUGAUACUUCUCUUUGCACAGCAUGCAUAUAUGGGAAUUAAUUGUAAGUAAUUGUUGCGUUUUUCUGUGUUAUGACUAAAUAUAGUUUGGUAAAGUGAUUCACAUUGAUGUAGUUUUCAGUUUUCUUUUUUCUGUGGACGUAUUGCGGUAAAGGUUUGAAUUUAUG